AUUCUCUUAGUGCUCCCCCGCUUUAGGUUUUUAAGAACAAUGUCAAUGCAAAUGUGUUUUGUGUAGGAGAGCUGUUUUGUUUUGUCUAAAUAAACAAUUACAGCAAACUAAUUGGAGCUUGAAGACAAAAUAAGCAAAGUGAAGUAAACGGAAGAUAAUUUAUAAAAAAACAGAAACAAAAUGGAGCAGCUGGAAGGAUCUUUUUUUAUGCUAAUUUUGACAAUUUUUACAAUAUUCAUCUACAACAAGUUUUUCAAACACAGACCAUGGAAGAUGAAAGGAUUUGGCACAGACAAAAUCAUUAAAGAAAAUGAACACUAUAUUCGACUUCUCACAUGUCUUAAUUAUGCUGGCAGAAGAGCUUUGCUAGAAAUUAUGUUUAACAAUGGCUUGUCACGCAGUAAAAAGGAUCUUUACAAUCAAUUACUGGUAUUCCAAAAAGACUUUGUAAAGUUAAAAUCAUCAAAAAUAAUUAGCACGAAGCAGUUCGCCUUGCUUUAUCCGGAUUCGAAAACAACAGACUUUGAUGAAUUUGAUAUAUCCUUGCUGUAUCAGAUUAUUCGAAAUUGCACAACCUUACCCGCACCAAUGGGUGGCUGGAAGAUUAAGGAGUCAAAACAACAGGAUCAAAGUAUUGCAGCUUUCAUUAUUCGAUUGAGACUUUUUCGCAACAAAAUAUCUCAUUACGGUAACACUAACAUAUCAGAUGCUGACUUCAAGUUACUUUGGAAGGAAUUAAUGGAUUUAUUGACUGGCUUGAAUUAUCGCAUUAGCAAUGUAAAAGAACUGGAACAUUGUCCUUUAGAUGCAACAUAUGAAUAUAAGAACGCUAUAGUAAAAUCUCAAAUUGACUUAUGUUUCGACCAUAUUGAUUCUGUCAAUACCAGCAUGGAAUCUAUGCAGACAAAGUGUGAAGAACUAUCUAAAAUGAGCGAUCUAACAAGAAACACGUAUUGUGCCGAGUUUAAAGAUAUAAAGUAUGAAUUAAGAAAACUGAAAAGUGACCUGGAGGGUGAUAAUGUGUUUAAGGUGUAUUCUGUUUACGACAGGCUACCAAAAAUAAAAAAAAGACUUUCAAAUCAGACUAAAGUUUUAGAUGAAGACAGGGAUAAUCUUGAUGGUCCUGGUAAUUUGACUGUUAUGGUAGAAAAUGCGCCGUUCUCUGCAGUUACACAAGAUCAAAAUGAUACUUUACCACUGAUUGAAACAAACUUAAGUGCAUUUAGAAAAGAAUUAACCCUUCACGAAGGCGUAACAGUUGAAAAAUUGAGGUAUUUAACAACAUGUAUUAGUGGUGCCUCAUCCUUCACUUUAGAUACCUUAACACUUCGCAAUUGUGGUUUGACAGACGCACAUAUUCUUGCCUUGAAAGAAAUGGUUCCAUAUUUGGACACGCUUUGCCUUAGUAAUAACAAAUUUAUUACAAAUGUUGCAUGGAAGGCUCUUUCCAAUGAAAUUUGCAUGAAUAAAUUCUGUAGAUUAAAUUGGCUGAUGCUAGACGACUGUAAUAUUAGUGAUGCAGAGUUUGCUGCAAUUGCCGAAAUGAUCCCACUCAUUCGGAGAGUUGACAUGAGCCGAAACAAAAACAUUAGUCCUAUAGGUUUAAAAUAUUUAGCCAAUACAAUUUGUCAAACACCAAAUCUACUGUUAGAAGAGCUAAAAUUGUGGGAUUGCAAUUUACAAGAUUCUCAUCUUGUUUCGUUAGCUGCAUGUAUAAACAGAUUAAACAAUCUUAACAUCGGUCGUAAUAGAGGAUUUACUCCUACUGGUUUGGAAAGUUUAACAAAUAAGAUGUUGGAUGAUGAAUUAUGCUGCCUAAAGAGGAUAAAUUUAUCAGAUUGUGAUUUGAACGACGGUCAUCUAUCGGCUUUGUACACCUUUUUCUCAGUUUCAGAUGACGUAUCAAUUUAUGGCAGACAAUAUUUUUCUGAUAUUACUUGGAAAUUUCUCUCUAAUGUGAUAUAUGACAAAGGUACUCUGGUGGACUUCCUAUUUCUACCGGAGGUUACCGUUAACAAAGAUAACGUCGCCUUCUUUACAAAGUUAAUAGCAAGAACACGAAAUAUUUUUAUGCACGAUGCAAAAGUUCGUCAGGAUGCGUUGAGUGAAAUUUCUGAAACAAUUUUUCGCUCAGAUAAUAUUGAUACACAGUAUUUAUGUCUUAGCACAGACCAUGACCAAGAACCAUAUUGGAAGCUAGUAUGUUCAGAUGUGCGUAUAAAUACAUUUGAUAGUGUUAUUUUAAAGCCGACAUGGAUGUCCAUUAUAGCAAAUUUAAUCACUGGAAGUCUAAAACAGCAGUUGUCAAUACUUAAUUUACGAAGAUACAGAAUUGAAGAUUCUCAACUGUAUGAUUUAGGAAAAAUUAUACACUGCGUACAUGAUAUUAUCUUCAAUGGUUGUGCUAUAACAGCUAACGGUUUACUUCAGUUGAUCACAAAGUUCGAACGCACUGAGAAAGCCUGGGUAUUCAAGCAUCUUGAUUUCUCUAGUUGCAACUUGACAGACAAACAUUUGCAGAGUUUAAGAAGGUUGGCUCCUUAUACUGCUUACCUGUCCCUGAGAGAAAACCCGCAGAUGUCACCACUUUCAUUAGGAUUGCUGACCGAUCAUAUUAUCACACAGAAUUUUUGUUGUUUGGAUACAAUAGAUUUCUCAAAUUGCGGGCUAACCGAUGAACACAUAAAAGCAAUGAAGAAUCUUAUACCAGGAGUAAAAAGAAUUUUUUUGCAUGAGAACAAGAUGAUUACGGCAAUUGGAUGGCGCCAUUUUUCCGAUGCCAUUAAAUCUGCAUAUAAACAGCGGUUACAAUAUAUUGCAGCAAGUAGAUGCAACUUAAGCGCAAAAUCACUUCCCGUCUUUCUAGAAGGAGCGCAGAUGUCGAAGGAAAUUGAUUUGUCAGGUAACAAGAUGUUGGAGCCUCAUUCAGAACUACCAUUUUUACAAUUUACUUUUGUAAAUUCGAUUAACUUAUCAGACUGCAAUUUAAAGGAGAAUGGGCUUGCAAUGAUCAGUAAGAUGAUUCCUUCUCUUAAGAGGAUUGACGUUAGCAGAAAUAGAACUAUAACUGUAAAUGGGUUGAAAAUGUUUUGCGAUCUUAUUUUGCAGAAUGUGAUGUUUCAACUCGACAGCAUUUCAUUUGAAGAUUGUAAUUUGACAAAUGACCACCUUCAUGCCGUUCAUGGCGCAUUUCUCUUAAUCAAAGAAGUUUCAAUAAGAAACAAUAAAAGGCUUACCAUUAGUUCCUUCAGUGAACUUUCAAACGCAAUUAUUUCCGCUAAUACUCUUAAAUUAGAAAAUUUAGAUAUUAGCAAUUGCAAUAUUUCGACAGAUCACAUUGUGAAAAUGAAAGAAAUGAUCCCCUUAUUAAAAGAAAUAUCUUUCAACAAUAACAAAACUAUCACAGCAGCAUGUUUACGGUAUCUGGCCGAUAUCAUAUCUUCAGCAAGUGUUUCGAACCUUGAGAGAGUAAGCCUUUGUGAUUGCAACAUUUCUGACCAACACUUACAAGGCUUUAGUAAGGCUUUAUUGCGUUUAAGAACAGUUAACCUUAGACGUAAUAACAAAGUCUCUAACAGUGGUCUUCAAAGUGUCGCUUCUGCAGCAUCAAAAAAUACAUGCAUUUGUACAUCGGUUGGUUUACAAGAAUGUGAUCUAAGGAAUUCAGACCUGGACGUGUUUCAUCAGAACAGAAAUGUUUCAGUCGCGUCAAUUGAUAAGAGAAGAAACAAUUUGCUAACAGAAGACAUCUUUAUCCAUUUAAACAUCGAAGACCUUUACCAAAACGAUAACCUUGACAUGACUUGGCUGAAGUUUAAUGACAGAGCCAUUUCUAAACUUUUAUCAAAAUAUCCGUUGGCUGCUAAACUAGAUCUUUCUGGUCAAAAUAAAAUCACUUCUAUCGGUUAUACUGCUAUCACGGCUGCCAUUCUUGAAUCAAAUAGCAACAGAAUGCAGUCUUUGGUGCUACAGCAUUGCCAACUUAUUGAUUCUGACAUUCAAGCAAUGUGCACAUUAUUGCCAUAUUUGAAAGAACUUGAUGUUAGCUACAACAAGACAAUCACACCAGCUGGGAUCAAGAGUAUGUCAUUAGCAAUUGGAGAUUCUGUGUCGUGCUCAUUGGAGGUAGUCAAAUUUAGAGGCUGCAACAUUACCAACUGCCAUGUUGAUAUGAUGGAUAAAGUGAUUGAGCAAGUUAAAGUUCUUGAUUUAAGCGGAAACAAAUUUAUUUGUGAGAAUGGUUGGAAAAGGUUAAGCCAUUUCGUUACAAGUAAAGAACAUCUAAAGUUGGAGAAACUUGUUGUUCAAGAUUGCAAUUUAAAUCUCUCCUGUCUGAAGUCUUUGCAAGAUGUAGUGUCAAUACUAGUUGAGCUGGAUAUUAAAGGAAAUUACUCAUUAAAGGCAGCAGACUAUUCGUAUUUGUCAAAGAUCAUUAGUGAACCUGAUAAUUGUAACCUCACAACUGUCGCUUGCGAUGAUCUCCUUGAAUGCGAGGUUCAAGUUAUGGGAAAGGCUUUGGCGUUAUUUCACACUUUGAAGUUGCAAUCGUCAACAAUCCUGUCGUCAGAGACACUACACCAUCUCUUCACUGCUAUUACACAGUCGCAUCAUUGUCAUUUAGAAGUUCUUGAUCUUUCAAAGAUUACCCUCACGGACCUGCAGCUGGAGGAAAUGUUGAAUAUCUUACACUUAUUUCAAGAGAUUGAUUUAUCUGACAACAAUCAAGCAACUACACCAAGUAAUUUGCAGAUGCUGUCAACAAAGGUGGAAGUUCUGUCUAGAGAACUUGGAUUAAAGUUAAACACAGUUAAGUUAAGACGCUGUGAUAUAACAGAUGAAAAGAUACGUAGCAUGCAACCGUUGAUUCCCAAUAUUGAGAAAUUGGAUGUGAGCUUCAACAAAACAAUCCAGCCAGUUGGUUUAACCUACAUUGGCACUGCGUUAAUGGAAAGUUACAGCACUAGCAGAUUAAAGUGCUUAUCAUUGGCAGGAUGUAAUUUAAAUAAGUCGCAUUUGAAAUGCUUGACAAACAUCUUGCCAUUACUGAAGGAAGUUAUAUUUGACGAAAACAAACUGCUGGAGGUUACUGACGUGGCAUACAUCUCCAAUGUGAUUACCAAUUGCGAAAGAAUGCAAUUGGAAAGUAUCAGUUUUAAGAAUUGUGGCAUUCGUGAUGGCCAUGUGAAGGUUAUGGACAAAUUAUUGAUCCGAAUGAAAACAGUUGACUUAAGCAGCAAUCCUUCAAUCAGCGAAAUUGGAUGCACAUUUCUCUCGAACCACAUCACAUUAAAUGAUGAUUGUGCAUUGGAAUGUCUGAAAUUUCAAAAUUGCAAGGUGACACUAACCAAACUAAUGGCCCUUUUACCAGCUCUCGUAAAAUUAAAAGAUAUAGAAUUAAGUAAUAAUCCAUACCUUCAACCAGAAGAAAUUAAAAAGGUCUUAAAUACCGUCAAUUUAUCCGAUUUUUCAGACUUAGGCUGCAACUUGGUUAAAUAUUUCAGUUUAACAGAUGAACACAUAAAAGAAACAGCAACACAUAUGCCUUCUAUUAAAAAUCUCGUUCUUUCUUCAAGAGGCUUCUGCAGCGUUAAAGGAAUUGCAGAUUUGGCCAGUUCAAUCCUUAAAUCACAGACAAUUAAAAUAAAGACGCUUAAUAUGAGCGGUAACUACUUGACAGAUGAACAUGUGGAAGCAUUAUGCAAAGUGUUUCCCCUAAUGGAAGUGAUUGACCUCAGUGGUAACAAGCGCCUCACAAGAAAAGCAAUUAAAAGUCUGGGAAAUGCUAUCAAUUCUGUUGAAAAUGUUAAGAUAAAAGAAUUGAUACUGAAGGAUAUCAACUGCAGUGCAGGACACAUCGAAGAAAUAAUCACAUUAAUAGGAAAGUUAAGAAGCUUUACACUAAAUUUGAAUAAUAACAAAACCGUGACACCGUCUAGCUUGAGAAAAUUAUCGCAACAUAUUUGCAGUACUUCAGACCAGUCCUUAACGAGUCUCUCGUUAGCAAAUUGUAAUUUACAAGAAUGCCAUCUACAGUCGAUGUCAGAAUUGAUUUCAAAUAUUAAGACUUUGGAUAUAAGUCAAAAUAAAUUAAUUACACCAAAAGGUUUGACACAUCUUUUGAGCAACCUAAGCGUUACUAAAAUGGUCAAGCUAACAGAUCUGUCGUUGAAUAACUGCAAUAUCAAAGAGAAGCAUCUUGGAGCACUAUCAAAGACGAUCGGUUUUUUAAAAUCUUUAAAUUUGAGUAAUAACAACACCAUAUCACCAGCAGGUAUCACGUCACUUUCGUCUCAUUUACACACUAUGGACUCAGUUUCACUAGAAACUGUUGGACUGGAGAAUUGCAAUUUACAUCAUGCGCAUUUUGAUGCAAUGGGAGUUCUUUUGCGUCAUAUCAAAAAUUUAAAUGUCUCUGGUAAUCAAAAUAUGUCCGAGAAAGAUAUAAUACACAUGACAAUGGUUGUAAAUGCUAAGCAAAGUAACCUGGAAAACAUUAACCUGAGCAACUGCAACCUCAAAAUUUGCCAUUUAGUUGCUAUCUCUCCAAUGUUACCACGUUUAAAGAAAAUUGACAUGGCAAAUAACUGGAGUAUCGCGCUAAACGGGAUAGAGAGUCUUCUUAAAGAUGCUUCGACGUCCAAGACUUGCAACCUGGAAACAAUAUCCAUAUCCGAUUGUAGUGUUAAUGUAAAAGCAAUAGAAGUUAUUUUUUCCUUGGCACCAUCAAUCAAAGAGAUCGAUUUUAGUAAGAAUAGAAGGAUAACACCAACAGAUUUGUCAUCUAUCGCGCAAAAUCUUCGCAGGACAAAUGGAAGUAGGCUGGAGACGCUUAACUUGUCCGAUUGUGGAAUUGGGGAUGAACAUUUAAAGACACUUAGUGAAAUGAUGCCACAAAUGAAGAAGAUCAUCUUGAACAACAACAGGCGCAUCACCUAUACUGGUUUAAAGCACGUGUCUGAUGUUUUGGAAAAAUGUUUGCAGCAACAAGGGCACGUGAAACUAAGAGAGGUGCAGUUACAAAAUUGCAAUCCAAGUUCACAUUGGGAAAAGCUUAGCAAGUGGAAUGCAUUCUUCAAAAUAGUAGUCUAACAUAGGAGCUGACCAAAGGUAGAAAUGCAUUGGAGUCCUUCGCGCAAAGUUGUUACAAGAUUCCGCGAUAAUUUCCAACGAUAGACAAGCUAAGUUUCCUUAUCGAAUGGUUCAAGAUACGUUGAUACGAAAAACAGUAGUAUAUCAUUUGUAAAUAUUCAAUGUUUUUUUUUUAGUAAAAGUUUGGGCGUUUUUUGCAGUGUUCGUUUCUUUGUUUUUGUUCUAAUAAAUAUCCAUUUGUUUUGAUUUUAUGUCUACUGUUAUUAGUGAAAUAUACUUUUGGAAAUAUGGAUUAUAUUUUUUAGCAAGCUUUAGAUAAUUUUUUUUGUAUUUGUAUUUGCAGUUGGUAUUUGUAUAUAUUAGACGUUCUUCGGUUGGUCAUGUUUCUGUAAAUAUUUUAUAUUGUAGUAAACUUAGUCACUUUUUGCCGACUAAAAUUUUGAAUUUAGUCACUAAUAAAGAAUAAUUGCAUAAUUGCAAAAAGGUAGUCGGAAAAAAAGUUAGGUCGGAAAACGUUUGGUCGGUAAUAAAAAAGUCGACAAAAAUUUUAGUCAACAAAAAAUACUGGUUACUUUAGCCGAAAUUUAUAUCCUGUCUUUUAUUUCACGCCUUUUCAAGUCAUUAGUAAAAAGUUUGAACGAAAAGCUAUAAACAUCACAGAAAGAUUUUCACAUGCUACCGGUCUCAAUUAGUGUAAACAUUUUCCAUAAGGAACACUUUAAUCUUUCGCAACAACAAGAGACAGCUGGCUAUGAAUAGUUUCAUUUUUUUUUAACUUUAUAGCUACUUUCUGUUCAGGUGCGUUUAUAUAUUUGUAAUGUAUCGCUAUAUAUGUAUGACUUGACUAAAUAUCAAUUGUAUGUUAUAUCUAACUGCUCUUACACGUAACUAUGUAUGGCUAUGAUAUUAGAUUUCUUAGUGUAUAUCA